AUGAGUAGUUCAUUGACACCAGAACAAAUCGAAGAGUAUAGGGAAGCGUUCAAUCUUUUUGAUAGAGAUAAUAGUGGGUCCAUUUCCGCUAGUGAGUUAGCAACAGUGAUGAAAUCACUUGGAUUGUCACCUAGUGAGACUGAAAUCACGGACUUAAUGAAUGAGAUAGAUCAGGAUGGAAACCAUGAGAUUGAUUUUGAAGAAUUUUUGACUCUAAUGGCAAGACAAUCGAAUACUAGAGAUUCUGCACAAGAGAUCAUCGAAGCAUUCAAGGUAUUUGAUAAGAAUGGAGAUGGGUACAUAUCAUUAAGUGAAUUAAAACAAGUUUUCAAUUCUAUUGGUGAAAAAUUGUCCGAUGAAGAAUUAGAGGCAAUGUUUAAUGAAGUCAGUAAUGGAUCUGGUAGAAUCAGUGUAGCUGAUUUCGCAUCUUUACUAUCUAAAUAG